AUAAAAUAAUUUUUAUAACAUGUCGCACCAAAAGGAAGGUAAAAGCUCAAAAAGUUCGAUCUUCUCAGAAUUUUAUGAGAAGCUACAGGAUCCUAAAUCCGAGGAAAUUCGGCUCCUUUUCCAAAGAUUCGUUGAAAAAGGGUUUGCUCCAAAAGCACCUAGAGAGAAAAUGGCCAAACAGAUCAAGGAAAUAGUUGAGCUCAUGUUUGAAAAUUUCGCAGAUAUAUGGAAGAUUCGAAGCAAGAUAAUCCUUGAGGGAAUGGAACAGCUCGUCACUAAAAAUCUCUACAAGGUCCUUAAGCUCCGUCGUGAGUCAGAAAUCCAAGAAAAUGAGAUGAUAGAGAAAUAAAAUGAAAAUUAUCGGCAGCUUUAUCAAACCUGAGCAUUUAGAUAUCGAUCCAAAACGAUUGAGCCAGCCUCGUGUGGACCGGGCAAUCUGUGAGCUUCAGAAAAUGAACAAGUUCAAAACACCUCGUGAUAAGAUGGUUUUAAUAAUGAAUUCAUGAAAAAUUAUCGGAUUGAUGCUAAAAGAGACCAAUACGUCUAAUGAAGCAGAAGGAGCAGAUAUGUUCUUUCCCUCAAUCAUAUACAUCCUCCUCAAGGGGUGCCCUAAAGACCUGAAGGCCCACUUGGACUUCAUAAAACUAUACAGAAACCCUGAGCUUCUGGAGUCUGAGGAUGAUUACUUCCUGACAACUAUGAGUAGUGCCAUUGAUUUUGUUGGAAAUAUGAUCGGAGAUGACCUCAACAUCGAGAAAUCUGAGUACAAAGACCUUUAUGACAAAUUCUCAGAAGAAAAAGGCGGAGAAAUUGACCAAAGAGCUCAUGUUAGGAAGGAGAAGAAACUUGAUAAGAACUAUGACGAGUUCGAGAACCAGAGUGAAGUAUCCUGUAUUACGACUCAGUCUAGCGCCCAGAUCCUAGGCGAGCUCGAGAAGAUGGAUGUACCUAUUAUUUCUAACACUCUGAAGCUCAACAAGGGGAUCCAAACCGAAGUGCUUAAAGAAGAAAUCAAAGAAGUGAAGGAAAGUACAAAUAAAUCUCUUGUAUCUGCUAGCACAGCUUCAGAAACCCCUGCUAGCUCCUUAUGGUUCUCCAAAUUUGAGAAUAAAGUGAUUACAGAGAACGAACAGUUCUGGUCAAAGACUCUUACUGAUGAUUUUGAAAGCCUAAAAAUCUCUGAUCUUAAGGAAAUGCAUAAAAUAAUGUUAUAAGUGUCAGAAACUUCUUCCAAAAUGAUAAUUCUAGACAAUCAGCAUUAUUUAACCAUGAACAGCCAGAAUUAUGAAGUGAGGCUGUCUCAAGAAAUCCUUGAGGAGGACUUCAAGACGAGGAAAUACCAAACCACUCAACAAAAGCAAUAUGCAAGGAGGAUAUAACCAAUAACAAAUCUAAUCUUGAAUCAAAGGUAAUUCCCUCAAAAGAAGACUGAAUCGAUAAAUCAAAAGAAAAUGAAGAGCUAUUUGAGAUUUUUGGAACUUCAAACAAGCAAGAAUCUCAGCCUGAGCCUUCAAAAGAGGCUCUCAAUAAUGGUCUUGAUGGGCUUGACGACAUUUUUAGUUAAUUUCUCUUCCAAAUGCCACAAAAAUUCAUUC